AUGUUACCUACAUUUUCCAGUUUGGGGACAGCUUCGCAAACACAUCGGGUUCAUCACAAGAAGUAUUUGUGCGUGGUGGGCGUGGCUUGCCACAGGAACGUCACACGUAGCACAGUCUGCCGUCAGUCACCGGCUGUCGCUAGGAUACCGUGGAUGCCUCCAGUUCCGGAGUUUACGAUAACAAUGCCUUCCUCUGGACGGUGGGACUGGAACGAUGAGACAAAAACCCUGGAGUUCAUACGUUUCGAAGCCAAAGAAGAGGUGAAAGAGAAGAAAAAAACAAAUACAUCUAAAUCCCAAGGGCAGUCCAGAAAGCCUCUGGAGAAGUGGCAAACGAAUACGGUGCGUCCCGCUCAACUGGAUGCCUUCAAGACCUCAAUAAAACGCUCACAAAUGGAAUGCGUCACAAUUCAGAAUGUUAAAUUGGCAGCAGUCUGUUUGCUACACAAGAACGACAGGUUUCCCAUUCCUCCACGUUUUCUGUCCCUGCUAAAGAGCAAAGAGCUGGAUGAGCUUCUUGCCAAUCUCCUGCUCUACUUUUCUUGCUACUUUGAGAAGAAAGCUCUGGAGGAAAAACCAACGUUUGUCAUAGCCGGGCCGUCAUUACUCAGUGACUCUGAGACGCAGAUGACUGCUAAGCUGGAGCUGGCACAAAGGCAGCUUGCCGUCUGUUACUUCAGGCUGCAGCUGAAGCUGCUGCCUCAUCAGCACCAAAUUUCUGACAGAAUCAGGAUGUCCUUAAAUGCGUCCAUUGACCGUGACAUGCAACUAAAUGAGUGUCUUCUCAGCUUUUACAGCUAUGCUGCAUGGGUGACCUUUGAGAGGCGGGGCCUAAAGGGCAUUCGGAUGGAGAUUGGACGCUUGUUUGGCUCAAACAUGUUUAACCCCGCCCUGAAUGAAUCAAAAAAAGGAUUGAAAGACCAGGAGAGUUCACAGAGGAGUCAGUCUAAGGUUCUGAACUCCCGACAAGCAUCACUGAAUAACUGGAAGUCAAACCGUCUUCCUCCCCUAAACAAAAUCAUAACCCAGCGUUCCCCGCUGAUGGUCUCUCUGCUGCCUACUCCACAAGAAAAGGCCCCUCACCUGUUUGAGCGCUUCAGAGGUCCUAAAGUGCCCUCGACUGAAGACUGUGAUUCAGAGGCGGUGAUGGAGGAGCUCAAAGAGCAGCUUAAAGAGCAGCUGAAGUCUCUUGGCUUUGGAAUCCUCGGAAAGCCUUUGAGCCAGUUCAGCUCCGAGACACUGAAGCCUCAGGAAGGCCCGAGUGAAGAGGAGACUGAGAAUGAGGAAGACGAGGGUAGUAACAGCGAUGUGGUGAGCGCUGACCCACGCGUACUCAUCAGGAGUAACAAAACCUCUGUCACUGGCCAAAGAUCGCUCACCGCAGCUACAGACAAACGCAUGCGCUCUAGCCGAGUGGACUUAGUCUCCAGAGCUACCACUGAAGCGGUGUCCUCAGACACAGAAUAAAUCUGAAAA